AUGUUUCGGCCUCUGAUUGGCUGCCGUGCCGGUAUUGGUGACACGCGCCUUGUACCGCUUGUAGCGCGAGCCAUGAGACCGCUUCUCUGGUGCUAGCGCUUCAUCGGGAAAAGAGCUAGAUUUUUAGGGGUGUCCUGUUGGGAUUUGCAGUUAAAAUGCCAUCUGAUUUAGCGAAAAAGAAGGCGGCGAAGAAAAAGGAAGCAGCCAAAGCUCGCGGGCGUACAAGGAAGCCAGAAGAUGGAGUGAAUGGUGAUGCAGAGAAACCCGAGAUCCAGGAGAACGGAGCUGCUGAGGUCAAUGGAGUUGACAGUUUGGCGAAGGAGCUAGAUGAGUUUGAGCUGAAGAAAACUGAGGCUCGUGCAGUGACUGGUGUGCUGGCAUCUCAUCCCAACAGCACAGACGUCCACAUCAGCAGUUUGUCUCUCACCUUUCAUGGACAGGAGCUGCUCAGCGACACUAGUUUGGAGCUCAACUCUGGUCGUCGGUACGGCCUUAUUGGACUUAACGGAACAGGCAAAUCCAUGCUACUGUCAGCGAUCAGUCACCGAGAGGUGCCAAUUCCAGAGCAUAUCGACAUCUACCACCUGACCCGUGAGAUGGCACCUAGCGAGAAGACAGCUCUACAGUGUGUGAUGGAGGUAGAUGAGGAGAGGAUAAAGCUGGAGAAGGAGGCAGAACGAUUGGCUCAUGAGGACUCUGAAUGCGAGAAGCUUAUGGAGCUUUAUGAGCGUUUGGAGGAGCUGGAUGCUGAUAAAGCCUCCAUGAGGGCCUCACGGAUCCUCCAUGGUCUGGGCUUCACCACCUCCAUGCAGCAGAAGAAACUCAAAGACUUCAGUGGUGGCUGGAGAAUGCGUGUUGCUCUUGCUCGGGCACUGUUCCUCAAACCCUUCAUGUUGCUUUUGGAUGAACCAACAAACCACCUGGACUUGGACGCCUGUGUGUGGCUAGAAGAAGAGCUCAGUCAGUUCAAAAGAAUACUGGUUUUAAUAUCGCAUUCUCAGGACUUCCUCAAUGGCGUUUGCACCAACAUUAUUCACCUGCACCAACGAAAGCUGAAAUACUACACGGGUAAUUAUGACCAGUAUGUGAAGACCAGAGAGGAACUGGAGGAAAAUCAGAUGAAGCGGUUUAACUGGGAGCAGGACCAGAUAGCACACAUGAAGAACUACAUUGCACGGUUUGGUCACGGAUCCGCAAAGCUGGCCAGACAAGCCCAGAGCAAAGAGAAAACUCUGCAGAAGAUGGUCGCCUCGGGUCUUACUGAGCGUGUUGUGAAUGACAAGACCUUGUCAUUUUAUUUUCCUCCCUGUGGGAAGAUCCCUCCUCCUGUGAUUAUGGUUCAGAAUGUCAGCUUCAGGUAUUCGGAAAAUACGCCAUAUAUUUAUAAGAACCUGGAGUUUGGAAUUGACUUGGACACACGAGUGGCCCUUGUAGGGCCCAAUGGAGCUGGCAAGUCUACGUUGCUGAAGCUCCUUACUGGAGAGCUCCUGCCCUCAGAUGGUAUGAUCAGAAAGCACUCCCAUGUGAAGAUUGGACGAUAUCAUCAGCAUCUAACGGAACAAUUAGAGCUCGACCUUUCUCCUCUGGAAUACAUGAUGAAGUGUUACCCUGAGAUUAAGGAGAAGGAAGAGAUGAGGAAAAUCAUUGGUCGCUAUGGACUUACUGGCAAACAGCAGGUGAGCCCAAUUAGGAAUCUGUCUGAUGGGCAGAAGUGCCGUGUGUGCUUCGCUUGGUUGGCAUGGCAAAACCCCCACAUGCUCUUUCUUGAUGAGCCUACCAAUCACCUCGACAUUGAAACGAUCGAUGCUCUGGCUGAGGCCAUCAAUGAUUUUGAGGGUGGAAUGAUGCUGGUCAGCCACGACUUUAGGCUAAUUCAGCAGGUGGCUCAGGAGAUUUGGGUUUGUGAAAAGCAAACAAUCACGAAAUGGAGUAGGGACAUUCUGGCCUACAAGGAACAUCUGAAAUCAAAAAUUGACAAGCAGAUGCAUGAUUUAUAACCAACAGGAGCUGCUCAUUGACCGCAGUUUCAACAUCUCUGCCAGCCAGAACAUUGCUCUCCAGGAAAAAUACAAGCAUGCUGUUUAGACUGCAGUUUCAGUACCACCUUUAACACGGGAGUCAUUUACUGAGGUUGCCAGUGGAAGUAGCUGUCUCUUUAUUUCUUCUGUGUUUUAUAUGCAUCAGUAUUUGGACUUUCCUUAUGACAAACCUAUUAAAAUCAAGGUUACGCACUUCUUUAUUUUAUUUUUUUUUCUUUUUUUUUUUUUUCUUUUCUCGUCUUCAACUAGUACCGGGCAGGUCUAUAGGACAAACGCUAUAAGAUAAACUAAACUUCAUGGACUUUUUUUUUUUUUUCUUUGAAAUUGUUUAAAGCUGUAUUUGCAAUAACUAUGUAAUAUUAAAGACGUACAAUUAUUGA